UAUGAAAAAUGUUUCUACACGGAUUCAAACCCACGCAACAACUCACCUCGGUUGCCAAGCAACAGACGCCUUCUUGUUUUCAAUGGUUAAGAUGUGACAGUAUGUUGUAAAAUGGCCAAAUUUGUGCUCGCUGGUAAGGCGGACUGUCCUCUGUAUGCCGAAGCGGAGCGGUUAGCAGACACUCUGCAGCGAACCCUUCCGAGCUUCAGGGUCCAUAAGAUCCCCGUCCUGCCAUCUGAGUGGGAGAGAUGGCUUGAAUCCACAUGCAAUAAAAAUGGCUGGAAACACGAGGAAAGUCCCUUAAUUUGGAGGGAGCUGGUCGAACAAGGGGGCAAAGGGAUGUUCUUGGGUGGUUACAAUGACUUUGUGGACCAUUGCCAGGUCUACUACGGCGUCACAUCGAAAAUACCCGAAGAUGAGGUGGAGACAAUUGUAGCAGAGAAUCUUGAAACGCAACUUAGCCUCGUUGCUGAAGAACAGCAUCGCCUGAGUCUAAUUCAUCCCUGUAACGUUUGGAUCACAGGCGCUCUCUGCUUAACUUCCCAAAUCUUGAUCCCAAACCUGCUGUCUGAUGAGGUGUUCCCUGACGUUCAAACGGUUGCUCUCCACCUGCUGCACCUGAGCGGCGAUGAGGAAGAAAUGCAGAUGCUCAAGUUGGACACUGAGGAUUCGGCGCUCAGUCUGCUCCAUCGGGUGACGGUUCACACAGAUCUGGAACAGGCUUUCCAUGAAGCCCACGUCAUCAUUCUGCUGGACGAUUUCGACGCCGAUUCAGAGAAUGAGAGCGACGAGGCCAGGAAGCAGAGAGUUAAAGACUUAUCUGAGCGCUACAGAGAGUAUGGGCGCCUCAUUGAUGGACGCGCCGACAAAGAGGUGAAGGUGAUGGUGUCCGGGGUGUCUUUCGUCAACACGAGAUGCUCGCUGCUUGUGGAGAGCGCUCCUUCCAUCAGCAGCCACCAGUUUGUUGCCAUAGCAAGCCAGCUGGUGAAUGAAGUCAGAGCUGUGCUCGCAAAGAAGUUGUGCGUGAUGCCAUCAGAUGUCGCGGAUGUCAUUGUGUGGGGGAACAUCAGCGGCAGUUUCGUCGUUGACCUGCGGUGGGCGAAAGUGUUCAACUAUCCAGGGGCGGUCAGGGUACCGUCUUUCUAUUCCCAGCCGGUCCUCAGGGUUUUAUACGACAGAAAAUGGAUAGAAACAGAAUUUAAACCACUGGUCCGUCAGCAUCGUGAGGCCUUGCUUUCAACCACCGGCCGGGGAGCCGCAAUAUCAGCCACUAACGGGAUCGUGCAAGUGCUGAAGGGUUGGCACGGAGCCUUUGGUCCAGAUGAGGUUUUUUCAAUCGGUAUAGCUUGCACAGACUUGUUCAGUCUCCCACACGGCAUCAUCUCAGCUCCGGUUACAUGUACGGAGGGCAAAUGGUCUCUUGUGGAAAAUGUGAAUGUUGAAGGAAAGAUGUUGGACGAACUCGAGCUUUGUGCAGAAGAACUGCAGCAGGAAAAGGAAAUCCAAUUUCAAGAUCCUGUUUGAAAGGCGGGAAAACAAAUAAAAUGUUUGGUCAACUCCUUCUCAUUUGGUUUCAGUUCGUCCUUUUAUUCUUCUACCUUCACAAAAGUGAAGGUUCAAGUUUUCAUUUUGCCACGUUCAACGUCAAAUCGGUUCUGCUUCGCGAAGAUUAUCCGUAACAGAUUUGUUCAUUUAGACACAAAAGAUUAAAUAGAGAACUUUGUGGAUAAAGGAAAGAUUAAAAAAUAUAUUCCUUUUUUCCUUAUAAUUAUUAAACGUCACUUUUUAUAGCCGCUAAACAUCAAAUUAUUUUGUUAGCAUCACACGUUACCAACAUAUCGCCAUGUAUAGAAAUCUUUAAACAUUAAACUUUUAUUUCCAUCAUUAGUAACAAAAUAUCAAACUGAACCUCUUUUCACCUGAAGCAUUCAACGGUUUGUUGUUUUGUUUUUCUUUUCCAUCACAAGUUGUGCAGGACUUUGUCUGAAGACAAGGAGAACUUGAACAGAGUGCUGUUUUUACAUGCAGAAAAUACACUUCCCAUCUUUUUUUUUUUUCUUUUCUGCAUUUCUACACUAUUAGCAACUGGGAGAAAACAUAUCAGAGAUUAGUAGAAAUACGAUGCACUACUACUGGUCAGGAAACGGAGACACAUUCCGCUGUGUUACGAUCGCUUUUGUACAACCUGAGUCGGAUGCCGAGUCGUUUAUGAAAGCAGAGAAGGCCCCUCCGUACGGACUUGAUCAUUUCUGAGCAAAUUGUGGUAGCAAUUCCCAAGCCGUUACAAGAAAGGGAGAAAGAAAA